AUUUUGCAGCAGAUGUCCGUGGGCGCGUAGGUAAACGGUGGUCUAGUUAUUGCUGCAGAUUUUUUCUGGUGGUUUAGCCAUUACGUCUCAGAGUUUAUUGGCUGGAAGUAUUGUUGUCAGUGAGCCGGAAAAAUGAGUGGUUGUCGUAUAUUUAUUGGUCGACUAAGUCCCCACGCUAGAGAGCGAGAUGUGGAGAAGUUUUUUAAGGGCUAUGGUCGUAUCAGAGAAAUCAACUUGAAGAAUGGCUUUGGGUUUGUGGAAUUUGAUGACCAUAGGGAUGCUGAUGAUGCCGUGUACGAACUGAAUGGAAAAGUUUUGUGUAGCGAAAGAGUCACAGUAGAGCAUGCCAAGUCUCGAAGAGGCAGAGGUGGUGGAGGUGCUGGUGGUGGAAGCAGAUUUCCUCCUCGUUUUAAUAACUAUCGCCAAUCCAGAAGUGGCAAUUCACGCUAUGGCCCUCCUGUGCGUACGGAGCACAGAAUCAUUGUUGAAAACUUGUCUUCUCGAAUAAGCUGGCAGGAUCUGAAAGACAUGAUGAGGAAAGUUGGUGAAGUUACAUUUGUGGAUGCUCACAGAAGUAAUAUGAAUGAAGGGGUUGUAGAAUUUGCAUCUCGCAGUGAUAUGAAGAAUGCAAUUGACAAGCUUAAUGGAACCGAACUAAAUGGGCGUAAACUUAAACUCUCUGAAGAUCGCAAAAGGCAGAGCAGAAGUCGUUCCCGUUCCAGGAGCUAUUCCAGAUCCAGAAGCCGAUCCAGAAGUCGUUCAAAAUCUAGGAGCAGGAGUCGAAGCCAGAGCAGAAAUCGUAGUCGAAGCAGAUCACGCUCAAUCAGUCGAACCCCUGAGAAAAAAACGCAGCGAUCUGAUCCCCAUUCCCCUUCUCGAUCUAACUCUCAAUCACGUUCUCGGUCAAGAUCCCCAGCUGAAGAGAAAACUCAGUCAAGAUCAAGAUCGCCUUCUGUCGAAAGCCAGCACUAAAGGCUUCUUGCACCAGUGGUUUUUCCCAGGAGAUCUAGGUGCUUGCAUAUGUGGUUGGAAUGAGCAUUGUAUGAUUAAACUUUGAAUAGUUGAAAUGAAAAUGUUUAAUUGGUGCCCUUAGUAAAUUUACCAAAUGCAUAGAUUGUAAGUCUAGUGUUUGGGUACUAAUAUAUAUGUUUUAAAUCAUUCCCUGAUGUUGACUGUAAGAAUCUUGUCUAUUUACAAAUGAAAGAAAGCCUUUGUUUGACAAGUCUUAUUAGUAUUUCUAAAACAUUGUAAACUGUAUAUAAAGCUCUGUUUAUAUUCCUUUUAAGUGCUAUAGCUGGGCGGCAGCUUCAACCCCAUCCAAUCCCCCCCCCCGCAGUUCCAAGCCCCCAAAGCAGUGACAUUUGUUGACUAUUGUAGCAAAUGUAAAUUCUUACACAAAGCUGCAUCAAAACUUGGCCCACACUUUCCAGCAUUUGUGAAAUUGGUUGCUGAACUUAGGAGUCUGCAUUGCAAAGUGGAGGUUAGCUUGAAGACGUACUCUGCCUUCAGUUGGAAAGCAAUGCUCAGUCUUAAGAGUAAUUUGUCCAGCUUGCAUUAAUGUGCCCUUGAUUAUGCUAAUAAGUUUAUACAUUUGAAGGUUAGAACUGUGAAUAGUGUUAGAAAACUUGACACUUAUUAUUUUUUUUCUUCAUCUUUCAGAAGUAUUGUUCAAGACAGUCAUGAUGUAUACAGAGUUUUGCUGUAAAUGGUUUUUGUUUUGUGAAUUUUUUUUUUUUUUUUUUUUUUUUUUUUUGAGGGAUGAGAAUUUACUUUCGCAAUGUUACCUAGAUAAUGCCAGAAUUUAUUUCUCUGAAAGAAAUAAAAUGGACCACAAAGUGCUUUGUGAUAUUUAGAGCAAGAAAUA